AGAGAGAGAGAGAGAGAGAGAAAGAGAGAGAGCGUGAAUCGAUGUGCGCAGGCGCAAAGAGGCUCCUCAGACGGACGUUGGACAAAGUUGUGUGACUGAGUGUGUGUUGUGUGUAGUUGUGUGUCCGUGGAGGAACAUGUCGCUGACAUUGUGGGUGCUAAUGGCGUGGUGCGGGUGGCGCUGUGAUGUCAUCAGGGCGUACGUCUUCCAGGCCAGCCGACCUGCGGAGGGCGGCGAGGCCCCGCCCCCAAACGCCAAAGUGGUGUCCCAGUGGGUCAGCUCAGCAGGGUCCUGCAAGGGGCGGUGCUUCGAGCUGGAGGAGGCGGAGCCACCAGGGUGUCGCUGUGACAAUUUGUGCAAGACCUACUACAGCUGCUGCUCCGACUUUGACCACCACUGCCUGAAAACAGCGGGCGGGUUCGAGUGCCGGCAGGAGCGUUGUGGCGAGGGGAGGAGGGAGGAGCUCGCCUGCCAGUGUGACCAGGACUGCCUGGAGCGAGGCGACUGCUGCUCCAACUACAAGGCGGCGUGCAAAGGUGAGGAGGCGUGGCUCCAAGGAGACUGCGAGGACAUCGGCGGCGCCGAGUGUCCCGCCGGCUUCGUCCGCCCCCCUCUCAUCAUGCUGUCCGUGGACGGCUUCCGGGCGUCCUACCUGAAGAAGGGCGUGUCCGUCAUCCCCAACAUCCACAAACUCAGGACGUGCGGGACGUCUGCGCCCUACAUGCGCCCCGUGUACCCCACCAAGACCUUCCCCAACUUGUACACCCUGGCCACGGGCCUCUACCCCGAGUCCCACGGCAUUGUGGGUAACACCAUGCACGACCCCGUCUUCAACGCCACCUUCAGCCUGCGCACCCGGGAGAAGCUCAACCACCGCUGGUGGGGGGGGCAGCCGAUCUGGAUCACGGCGGAGGAGCAAGGCGUCAAGGCCGGAACCUUCUUCUGGCCCUGGGUCAUCCCGCUGGAGCGCCGCAUCCUGACCAUCCUGCACUGGCUGCACCUGCCCGACCAGCACAGACCUUACGUCUACGCCGUGCACUCCGAGCAGCCCGACACCUUCGGACACCGCCUGGGACCCCUCAGCAGCGAGCUGGACAACCCCCUGAGGGAGAUAGACAACAUCAUUGGUCAGCUGAUGAACGGACUGAAGCAGAUGAAUCUUCAUCGCUGCGUCAACGUCAUCGUCGUGGGCGACCAUGGCAUGGAGGAGGCGCACUGCGACCGCACGGAGUUCCUCAGCAGCUACCCGCUCAACAUCGAUGACAUCACACUCAUUCCAGGCUCGCUGGGCCGGAUUCGACCUCGCGAUCCCAAGUCCAGCUCAUACGACCCGCAGCAGGUGGUGGCCAACCUGACGUGCAAGAUGGCGACGCAGCACUUCACGCCGUACCUGAAGCAGCACUUACCCAAGAGGCUACACUACGCCAACAACCGCCGCAUCGAGGACGUGCACCUGCUGAUGGACAGGAAGUGGCACAUCGCCAGCAGGAAAAUGCCGGAGAAGAUGCGGACGCGGUGCGGUUUCUACGGCGACCACGGCUUCGACAACAAGAUCACCAGCAUGAGGACCAUCUUCAUGGGACACGGGCCCAGCUUCCGCUCCCAGACUCAGGUGGCGGAGUUCGACAACAUCGAGCUCUACAACGUCAUGUGCGACCUGCUGGGCCUGAAGCCGGCGCCGAACAACGGCACCCACGGGAGCCUGAACGCCAUGUUGAAAGAGCCGCCGUUCAAGCCCCAGAUGCCCGCCGAAGUGACGGCGCCGUCGCCGGACACGGAGGUGGCGGCGACCUCCGACCUCGGCUGCAGCUGCGACGACGAGAACAAGGUGGACCAGGUGACGGACGCCUUCGCCCCCCCCCAAGAUGGCGCCGACGACUACAACGCCACCCUGCUGCCCUUUGGCCGCCCCGCCGUCAUGUUUGAUGCCCGCUACGGUUUGCUCCAUCACCAAGAUUUCAUCAGCGCCUACAGCCGCCAGCUCGCCAUGCCGCUGUGGACGUCCUUCACGUUGCCGCCGCCGCAGCAGGAGGACGUGACUCUUCUAGAAGCUUCCGGUGCCAGCACCUGCGUGCGGAUGGACCGGCGCGUGUCAGCCGAGCACAGUCCCAGCUGCAGCACCUAUAGCCACGCCCCCCAGCUCACCUACGGCUUCCUCUUCCCGCCAGAGUUGGCGUCGUCUGCCGAGUCCAAACACCAAGCUGAGCUCAUCACCAACACCGUGCCCAUGUUUCCCGCCUUCGCCAGAGUGUGGCGUUACCUGCAGCGGGCGCUACUGAGCCGCUACGCCCAGGAGCAGCGGGGCAUCAACGUCCUGGCGGGGCCCGUCUUCGACCACGACUACGACGGCCGGCGUGACGCCCCGGAGGACAUCAGGAAGUGGUCGCCCGCCACGCCGCCCGUGCCCACCCACUUCUUCGCCGUGGUGACCGGCUGCCGGCGGGCCAACCGCACGCUGGAUGAGUGCGAGGGCGACCUGGGCGUGGUCUCCUUCCUGCUGCCCCACCGGCCCGACAACAGCGAGACCUGCAAGAGCCAAGAGGACGAGCAGCAGUGGGUGGAGGAGCUCCUCCGGCUGCACACCGCCCGAGUGCGAGACGUGGAGAUCCUGACGGGUCUGGACUUGUUCCGCUCCAGCAACCAGACCUACGGCCGGACUCUCAGCCUCAAGACCUCCAUGAACACCUUUGAGGACCAGGACUAGGCCCCGCCCUCUUGGAACCACCGCCUCACUCAGGGGGCGUGGCCACGCACACACACAUACUGAUACUGGGGAUCUUGCUGUCAAUCCGAUACCAAGUAAAA